UGCCGCGAGCGGUUGUGCGGUGGAAAUCAGAGUGAGCUGUGCUGCUUUGCACGUGCAUAUUCUACGAGUGAAGAGACCCUCCCAGGUUGUGCUACCAAAUCCCAGUUCCGGCCGUCCGGUUCCAGCUUCUUUAGCAUCAUUCAAGUGUUUCCUUCGCCUUCGGUUUGGUCGGUAAAUCAUGGAUCCAACAGUUCCGCGAGUCCGUGGUCGUGGAGUCAGAGGAGCCGGUGCUGCGACAGGGCAGCAGGCGAACUGGAAGCCACCAUCUUCGAAUGGGAAUGGUCGAGGUGAUGCAGCAGGCGGCGCUCCGGCUAGUGUGCCCGCUGUUGCAGCAGCACCGCGAAACGGUGCAGCAGGCGGCGGUGGCGAUGCCCGCGGAGGCAAUCAACAGGUUGGCCGUGGAUCAAUACGAGCUGCACGUUAUCUACCGGAGGUGGUUGUCACGCGUACAGCAAAUGCACCCUCUAAGCAGGGUGUGCGCGGUAAACAAAUCCUGCUCAAGACAAACUACUUCCGGCUGACGCGAUCGGAAAAUAUGUGCGUCUUCCAGUAUCGCAUCGAUUUUGAACCGAUCAUCGAGAAUGUUGGUUUAAUUUGCGCCCUCAUUAAAACCCAGGCGCCCGUUCUGGGUCCAUACAUUUUCGAAGGGACUAUGCUGUUCCUGUACAACAAGCUACGCUCGGAGGAAUUGGAGCUGCAGGUUCGAGACUCUCGCACGGAGAACCUGUACAAAAUGAAAAUUCGUCACGUCGGCACGGUCGAUAUGCAGUCCACGAUGGGGCUUAUGAUCCUCAAUUUGAUGCAGCGCCAGGCGAUGAACAGCCUGGAGUUGUUGGUCAUGAACCGACACCACUUCGAUCCAAAGGCGAAAAUCGCCAUUCCGCAGUACAAUCUGGAGCUCUAUCCGGGCUACAUUACGUCCAUUCGCCAGCACGAAAAGGACGUGCUGCUGUGCGUUGAGAUAACGCAUCGUGUGCUGCGAACCGAUACGGUUUACAAAAUGCUCAACGACCAGCGCAAUGUUCCUGGUUCGUAUCAAGAGAAUUUCAAGCGUACGAUCAUCGGAUCGGUUGUCAUGUGCACCUACAACUCCAAGACCUACAAGAUUACGGAUGUGGAUUUCAACACCACCCCGUCGUCGAGCUUCUCAAAGAAGGACGGUGGAAGCAUUACUUUCAUGCAGUACUUUAAGGAUACGUACAACGUAGCGAUCCGUGAUCCGAACCAACCGAUGUUGGUAUCGACACCGACGAUGCGCAUGCAGCGAUCCGGUAUCACGACGCCAAUUCUAUUGGUGCCGGAGCUGUGUCGCAUGACCGGCAUAACUGAUGCGAUGCGGAAGGACUUCAACCUGAUGCGCAGCAUUGCCGAUCAUACGCGCAUUAAUGCGGACCAGCGAUUGGAGCGACUGGAUCGGUUCAACCGACGCCUCCAGGAGACAGCGGCCAGCCGCGAGGUGUUCAAGUUUUGGAAAACGGAGCUCGAUCGUCGCGUUGUGGAAUUGCCCGCCCGUAUACUUGAUAGCGAGUUCGUUGUGAUGUCAAAGGAAGUUGAUGUGGGCUUUGAGGCGGACUGGAAUAACGCUUUCCGCAACAACAAGAUGUACAAAUCGAUAGUGUUGAAGCAAUGGUUCCUGGUUUGCGAGGCGAGCAAGCAAAGCAUGGUCCAGGAGUUUGUCUCGACGAUGCUGAAGGUCGCUCCGCCGAUGGGAUUCCAGAUGUGCAAACCGGAAAUUGCCACUGUAUCCAACGAUUCACCUCAGGCAUACGCCCAAGUUCUGCAGCAACUGGUCAAUCGCGAUCCGCAGCUUAUUAUGUGCGUGGUGAGCAAUGAUCGCGCCGAUCGGUACAGUGCGAUCAAGAAAAAGUGUUGCGUGGACAGGGCCAUUCCAACGCAGGUCAUCAAGGCGCGCACGAUCGGUAACCCACGUUCGCUGAUGACGGUGGCGACCAAGGUUAUCAUUCAGCUCAAUUGCAAACUUGGAGGAGUGCCGUGGAUUACCAGGAAUCCGAUGAAGGACAUCGUGAUCCUCGGCUACGAUGUCUGCCAUGAUACUCGCGACAAAUCCAAAUCCUACGGAGCCGUUACGGCCACCAUGUUUGGCUCCGAUCCGCAAGAUCCUCGGCAGUUUUCGUGCGUCGAGCAUCAUGGGAAGGGUGAGGAGUUGUCUAACUUUAUGUCCGCUACCGUGGCGAAGGUGCUUCGUGCGUACCAGCGCGAGUUUGGCCAAGAUCGGCUGCCACGUCGCUUCCUCGUGUACCGUGAUGGCGUUGGCGAUGGUCAGUUGAAGCAGGUGGUGGAGCAUGAAGUAAAGGCCAUCAAGGCGCGCUUGACUGAUGCUUACCAGAACUAUCAACCGCACAAGCCGCAGCUGUGCGUGAUCGUGGUGAGCAAGCGGAUCAAUUCGCGGCUGUUCUUCAACGGACGUAAUCCCCCUACGGGUACGGUGGUUGAUGAUAUCAUAACACUCCCGGAACGUACGGACUUUUUCCUGAUUUCACAAUCGACUCGCCAGGGCACGAUCUCCCCAACAUCGUACAACAUCAUUUACAACGAGCUCGGCCUCACAACGGAUCAAAUCCAGACGUACACGUACAGGCAAACGCUGAUGUACUACAAUUGGUGCGGCGGUGUCGGCGUGCCUGCUGUCUGCCAGUACGCCCACAAGCUGGCCUUCCUGGUGUCCCAGUACAUACACCAGCAACCGAACGAGCAGCUGGAGAAAUGUCUCUACUAUCUGUAAGCGGGAAAUAGGGAGACUUCUGCACAACCAGAUCGUGCCAUUCUUCUAUUUUUUUUUUUAAUGUUAUGAAUUCAUUUAAACACUGCACUAUGAGUGCUGAAAACAGCUCGAUCACAUUAACCACAGUUGCGUUAAUCAACCGGCGUUGGAGAGACAGAACAUUGCCAUUAAAGAGAGAAAAGGUGCCUUUCAAUGUUCGUUUAUCAACACACCACUCUCAUUCCACUUUUGAAGUACGACCUAGAGUUCAAAGGAUUACAUACGAUCGAAUUUCCAAAUCAAUUUUCUCUUUUUUGUUUUAUUAACGCUCACACGUAUCGUGUUGGGCAAGAUUAAAUAUUUUAAGGUUUUUCUUCCAAUUUUCCAGUACUUUUGGAAAAUCUAAAGACUAUUUUUACUCUUAACAAUCAAUACUUUAUAAUUGUGUCAGAACAUGUUAGUUGAAAUAAAGAUUUACCAUUUUUAUAUCUA